CCCCCCUCACCCAACAACUAUUCUCCCCUUUAAUUUCGUUGCUUAUAAUUCUCAACCAUGAGGCCUUUUUUAACCCUUCUUGCUCUUUUCUUCGCCACAGUUGCUGCAGAUUCUGAUUUGCUUCAAGACCUCUGCGUUGCUGAUUUGUCUGCAGGAGUUAAAGUAAAUGGAUACGCUUGCAAGAAUGCUGCAACUGUAACAUCAGAUGAUUUCUACUUCGCUGCCCUUGCCAACCCAUACCCUGUCAACAACACUCUGGGCGUUGCAGUCACUCCAGGCAAUGUUGAAAAAGUACCGGGUUUCAACACCCUGGGUGUUUCCGUUUCACGGGUUGACUACGCCCCUGGUGGUGUCAACCCUCCUCAUUCACAUCCACGUGCUUCUGAGGUGAUCUUUGUUCUGGAAGGCGAGCUGGAGGUUGGAUUCAUAACCACAACAAAUGCGUUGAUGACAAAACAUAUCAAGAAGGGUGAGGUAUUUGUGUUUCCAAAAGGCUUGCUACAUUACCAGAAGAACAUUGGGAAGGUAGAUGCAGCAGUUAUUGCUGCCUUUAACAGCCAGCUACCUGGGACGCAGUCUGUUGCUGCCUCAUUGUUUUCAGCUACACCAGCAGUGCCUGAGGAUGUGUUGACCAAGGCAUUUCACAUUGCUACCCCAGAAGUUGAGAAGAUCAAGUCAAGGUUUGCUCGCAAAUAGAUGUUCUUAAUGCCAUUGCUGUAAUAGUCGGUGGGUACUUGUAGUCAUUUCAUUAAUUCUGGAUAAAAUACUCCAACACAACAUUUUACAUUGGAAGAUCAUUAUCAAGCACAAGUCACGUACAAUAUGCAGAUGCCGAUCCUAAUAAAAACACAUUUAUUAA